AUGGGCAAUAAGUUGUCUUGCAGUUGUGCUCCUCUUAUCAGAAAGGCUUAUCGUUACGAGGAUUCACCAUGGCAGGCUGGCGCGAGGGGCGGAAUGGGCGGCAGCGGAGGUCGCAGGGGUGACACUGGCCACUUGCUCAGGUGCGGAAGCUUAAGAGAAAGGAAGAGACUAUGGGCCGAAGUGUUCCAUGUAAGUGCCAGUGGAGCAGGGACUGUAAAGUGGCAGCAGGUCUCCGAGGAUUUAGUUCCUGUAAAUAUCACAUGCAUUCAGGAUUCGCCAGAAUGUAUUUUCCAUAUUACCGCAUACAACAGUCAGGUGGACAAAAUUUUGGAUGUACGAUUAGUUCAACCAGGCACACGUAUCGGACAAGCAUCAGAGUGUUUUGUUUACUGGAAAGAUACAAUGACCAACGAUACGUGGGGAUUGAAUUUUACUUCUCCAAUAGAUGCUAAACAAUUCAGAGAAUGUUGCUCACCGUCGUUCAAGAUUUCAAGGAAAGCGUCCUCUUCUUACUCGUUGAAGCUUGAGCCACCUAACAAACAAAAGAUCAAAACCCGGAGAAAGCCCUUAUCGACACCGGCAUCACCGAGUAGAUCCAGGGAGCCUCAAUGCACUUGUAUGACCCCAGAACAACUUGCCAGGUUUCGAAGCCAAGAAGCUAGAUAUCGAGGCUUUUGUGGCACUUCUACGCUUCCGCGAACUAUGGCAAGAUCCACGGAAGUUGAAAUGACACCAGCUCGUGAUAAAAUAACUGCAGCAACAUCCAGUGCAUCUCUCUACGACAACGUUAACAAUGCGAAUGUAACGCCAGGAAAAACACCGAAAACAGGCGAAUCAAAGCAAAAGGAGAAACAAAAUGAAACCUGUCAAACUACACCAAAGACGGCAAACGUAGGAAUCGAAACAGUCACCGUUGGAUCACAGAUCGAUAGCCCGGAAGAAAAAGGCGCUGCAGUUUCUCCGAAGAAAGGUCAGAAGCAAAGUCAAGAUUCGUCUACUCAACAAAAUAGUACUGAAAUGCUAAAAUCAGAGGGUACACAAGCCGGUGGUACUUUACAAAAUAAAUCUUUACGAAAAGAGCAAUUACAUCAUACAAAGUCUGCUGAUUAUACAGACUUGGAAAUACAAAAUGGCAAUAUCUUCAACAUAGUGAACAAUAAUCACAGUGGAAAGAAAUCAAAAAGCAAGAGUACCGAUGAUAUGAGAAUUGAAAAUGCACAGAACGGUGGAAUUAGUUUAGAUUCGAAUACCUUGAAAAGAAUGCUGAAACCAAUGUCGAGUAUCGAUAGUCCUGUUACAUCCCCAGAGAUGACCAGAAAGAGGCACAGCCAUCAUAAUUAUCAUUACCACCCAAGCAAUAACAAUCAGAAAUACGUUAUGCAAGAGACUGAAAAUGAAAAUUGUGCUCAUCUAUAUCGAGCACCAUAUAAUAACAAGUUCCAGGCAUCUAGGAGCGUGCAUGACAUGGGACGUCAGUACACUGGCAGCAGAGCCAGGACCUAUUUAGAUUCGGAACGUAAUCGAUGCACAGGUGAUAUGUCGCCGCCAUCGGAUAAUGUCAUCUUCGAUAAUCAGUGUUACGCGACCACGCCAAGUUCGUCGAAUGGAAACUCGGAUAUGGAACAACCAACUCACUGCAGUUCGCGUCGUUGCAAUGGUGGUCAGGCGUAUCAACAACAAAACAUGCAAUCUGUAUCAACACCUGGUAGUCCAACUAGUAGGCUUCUUCUCGAAUAUGAGAUGCAUCUGAGGAACACUUUGGCCAAGGGUAUGGAUGCCGAAAGCUACAGCUUACGUACUUUUGAGGCCUUGCUAACGCAAAGCAUGGAAGAUUUAGAAUUUGCGAAAAAUAUACCGUUGAACAUUCAACGUACACCUCACGUUUCACGAAGACGUCCCGGUUCCAAUAAAUCGUCAACGUUACCACUAUCGUACCGUUAUUGCAAUGAAAGACAAAAUAGUAAAGAUAGGGACGGUUACUACAGCGAUCGUAAUGAAAUGAUUAGGGAGAAAAGAGACAGAGAAAUUGACCGAGAUCGUGGAUAUCUUAGUGAUUAUAAUUCUAGAUGUACCAGCUGCGUUGGAGAGUCUGCACGUGCACAAUGGUUUCGCCACUCUGAUGGAUGGCAGUCUGGUAGUUCGACACUUGGCUCUGGUGCUUCUAGUUCUAUGAAUCCAAGUUAUGUGGGACAUAAACGAGAUUCUCCUUGGGAUUCCUUACCAUCGCUAAGACACGAGGGCAGCCUUAACGAUAGCGGAUAUAAAUCAAAUCGAACUGAUUCUUUAGAACAAAGAGGAACUUUUGAUAGACAAGACAGCGUGAGAUCGGAUUAUAUGUCCGAUCGGGAUGGCAGAUAUGGAAUUGUUCAACAAGCUUCACUGGAGAGCACAGACUCGAGAAUUUGCUACUUGACGUCCUCAGAGAUGUCAGACGAUGAUAAAAUGUCGCUAACUACUGCCGUUAGCGAUGACGACGAUGGUGAAAGUGUCAUAAAUUCUCCAUAUCGAGGAAAACAGACUGGUACCGCUGCAGCUUCGUUCAAUUGCACGGGAGCAGUUCGAAAAGCUGGAUUUUUAAGCGUGAAAAAAUGGCUGUUACGAAAGAAGCAUCAAAUCGAGCUGGCGAGGAAGAGGGGUUGGAAAGGUUAUUGGGUUUGCUUAAAGGGAACUACCCUUCUCUUCUAUCCUUGUGAUUCGCAAGAAAGUAGAGCCAUGGAGGCAGCACCAAAACACUUGAUUAUAGUCGAUGGUGCAAUAAUGCAACCAAUUCCGGAACAUCCAAAACGGGAUUACAUAUUUUGCUUGAGCACCGCAUUCGGCGAUGCUUAUUUAUUCCAGGCACCGUGUCAAGUGGAACUCGAAAACUGGGUGAACAGCAUACAUUCAGCAUGUGCCGCUGCGUUUGCACGUCAUCGUGGUAAAACCGGAACCCUUCAUUUAUUGCAAGAAGAAAUAUUUCGCUUAGAGAAAGCGAUAGAAUCGGAUCAUAAACUAAAACACAUGGCGGAUCUUCAGCAGUCUGUUGUAUCCGAUGUAGAAACAAAACAGCAGAUUAAUAAUCAAAUUGUUCAAUGGGAAGAAAAUUUGGAGCGACUUCAUUGUGAGCAAUUCCGACUAAGAUGCUAUAUGGCGAGUUUACAGAGUGGCGAAUUACCAAACCCAAAGAGUUUAUUGACGCACGUAUCUCGUGCUACGAAGCAAACAUUAAACAAAUUAGGAGUCUUUACCGUAUCGUCGUUUCAUGCUUUUAUUUGCGCACGAAGUCCUUCGUUGUUGAAUAAUCUACUAGCAGGACGAGGAGCUACCAAGAGAAGACCACCGUUACUAUCGAGAUCCAAUAGUGGAUCGAGUAGGAGAUCCCUUCAAAUAUCGUCUAGAGAUGAUGAGAAAACCGUGAAGGUGUAUGUGCCGGAAAAUCAGCUGGUAUCCGUCUUUGUGCGUGACGCUAUGACAGUAGAGGAAUUCCUUGCGAGUGCUUGCAACAGGAAGAACCUUAAUCCGAUGGAACAUUUCGUUCGUGUAAAAAAACGACGCGACAUGGAAGAUCAUAAUUAUUUUGUACCACAUAGAACGGACAUGAUAGAAACUUAUUUGCACACUCAUGAGAUCGUUGAAGUUUGCGCAAAAAUCUUAUAUCAAGUAGAGCUACAGAGGAAUACUCUUGAACAAAUGUGGGGCUUUUCGGUGGAGGCAGAAUUAAUUGAGAAUUCUGAUCGGCAGGAUGAAUUGUGUUGUUACGUUAGCAGGGUUGAAGAUAAGAGCGUCGCAAUGCAAAAUGGAAUCAUUAAAGGAGACGAGAUCAUGGUAAUUAACGGUGCAAUAGUAAGCGAUUUAGACAUGAUGUACUUGGAAAGUGUGUUGCAAGAAGAAGUUGGUCUAUGUAUGAUGAUGAGAUCUUCGCGAACUGAACCACCAGAUCUUACAGGCAUAAUGAGAGUCACCGAUGACAUAAUCGAGAGUUUGGUUUGCCCGCCACCACCUUCUGAUCCACCGGUUAUAAGCGAAGAAAUGAUUUCCGGUUUAAUCGUUCCAGCCCCCGGAUGGAGCAAAGAAAGUAUCGCACAGGAGUGUACGUCAGCAGCUCACAUGGAAAAUGGCAAACAAACAUCUCGCACAAAUUCAUUCGAAAUAGAAAACUUAUUGAAAACCGCCGAACAAGUAACUGGUAUCUGUCGAUCACCUGGUGAAACAAGAAAAUCUAGUCCCACUGGAAGUGUUGUUAGUUCUCAUUCUCAAGCUAUGACGCCGAGUCGGCAAUUAAGCGAUGCUGAGAAAUUGAAGAAAGUUAUUCUAGAAUUAAUUGAAACUGAACGUACUUAUGUGAAGAACUUAAAUAAUUUGCUGGAGAACUACUUAGAACCCCUUAAACGCGAAACAUUCUUAUCGAAUGCAGAAAUAAACGCAUUGUUUGGGAACAUACAAGAGAUUGUUACAUUUCAACGACAGUUUCUACAAAAUCUUGAUCAUGCGAUCGAGAUGGAAGCUGAUUUCAAUAAUUUCGACCAUCCUAGUCAAUUUAAGGGUGUCCUGUUUUCUAUUGGAAGUGCCUUCUUAUAUUACGUAAAUCAUUUCAAGUUGUACAGUUCGUUUUGUGCUAGCCACUCAAAAGCACAAAAGGUUUUACAUCCAAAUGAAGGAAACCAAGCUUUACAAGAGUUCCUGCAAGCGCGCAAUCCAAGGCAGCAACACUCGUCGACUUUAGAAUCAUACUUGAUAAAACCUAUUCAACGAAUACUGAAAUAUCCGUUGUUGUUACAACAGCUUCGAAACCUAACUGACGAACGAAGUGAAGAGCACCAGCACUUGAUUGAAGCCUUAAAAGGAAUGGAGAAAGUAGCAGAACACAUCAAUGAAAUGCAAAGGAUUCACGAAGAAUACGGAGCUAUCUUUGAUCACUUGUUCAGGCAACAUCAAAAGUCUUGCAAACAGCCGAUCGACUUAAGUCCAGGAGAUCUUUUAUAUUAUGGAGGGGUCGAAUGGCUCAAUAUUUCCGACUUUCUUGGUAAAAUCAAGAAAGGACUGGAACUGCACGCAAUGUGUUUUGUGUUUAAGUCUGCUGUCGUAUUCUUGUGUAAAGAAAGGUUGAGACAAAAGAAGAAGCUUAUGGGGGUAUCCACUAAAGCGAAUUCCAGUGAGGUAGAAAUAAUUCGCUAUCAAGUAUUAAUUCCUGUAACGGAAGUACAAGUUAGAGCUAGUUCCGCCAAAGAUAUGGAAUCUCAUUUCCUGUGGGAAUUGAUCCACUUAAGAAGUCAAUUACAGAGAAGAUCGGAGAAAGUAUACGUGCUUUCUAACAGCACAACAGAAUUCAGAAAUGCAUUUUUGAGGACGAUACGUCAAAUUAUUCGAGAAUCGGUUCGAAAUAUGAGUAUACCAUCGACGAAACAGAACUUGAGCCAACCACCGAUUACCAUUUCACCACGAAUGUCAACUGGACAUGUUGAAAAGUUUGAGAAACAGUCGGCAAGCCAGGGACAAAAUGGCAGUAACAGUAGCGCCGUAAAUACUGGUACGCUAUCGAAAAAAACGGUUAAACCGCAAAUAUUGCCAACUUCCCAUAACGUAAAACGAAAAUAUAGCCAAUCGAAGCAAACGGUAGAGCAUGAAAGCUCCGAAGAUAAAGAUACCGAGGAGCCAGCAGGCGCAAUCAAUCAACAGCAAACAACAUUUCGCUCCCGAAGCAAGACUAUCAGCGAUACAUCCGGAGAGGUGAAAGUCGAGAUGGAUUCAGGAACAAAAUCCGAAGGAGAAGAAGAUUCGCAAGCUUUUUUAGGUGAGAAGAAGGCGAAUUUGGGCCGCACACCGAAUCAUUUGACUUUGAGCACCACUUCAACAAUUUCAGCAGGAAGUACGGGUAGUCAGGCGAGACUGAUCCAAUCUUCUCAUCAGCCGGAAAAUUAUCAGCCGAUCGCAGUCAAGGAACUUGGUUCGCCGAUUUGGAAACCACGGGAAUUACCCUCGCUAGGAGAGUCUACGACGUUGCCACGUAAGGGUAAGUCGGCCAGCGAAUUUGGGGAUAUAAGCUCAUCUCAUAGCGCCUCCCGAAAGUCUCUGAUAGAAAUCAAUAAUUGUGCUCAACAAUCUAACUGUAAUAACCACGUUUAAAUUAAAUAGAUGUUAACUGAUUGACGAACCAUCGAGUUAAGUUUAAAAACCGUGCAACAGAAUAAACCAAAUAACUACUCAAUUACCGUGUAAACUGUAAAAACUAGCGCUCGCUUGCCGCCCACGCGGAAUACUUAAUUAAACUUUAACACUACGCGUUUCCCUCCUGCACAUCUCCUUCUUCUCGUUUCGUCUUCCAAACGCGCUACGCGUUAUAAAACGUCGUUGGUGCUACUCCUCUGUACAACGAACGAUAUUCAAUUGUUUGACAGGAGAGAAUCUUAAAGAAGGGAGAGAACUUUGCUUUUAAUGGGAAACAAGCUUUCCCACGAAACAAACGGCGAAUGUUUCGGUACGUGUCUUAUGCGCAACUGGUAACAAUUCCCGCGGUAUCCAAAUCGUACUUGGACUCUUAUCUCCGUUCUUUUGUCAUCUUUCAAUCUUUCACCUAUUAUCGAAUAAAGACGCGAUAUUGCUAUUCGCUGCUACCAUCAUAUUGUAAUCAAAAUCAAACAUUAAUUGUAUUAAAAAAUACAAAUAUCACGCAUACACUGACAUGUACAUACGUAAAUAAGUAAGUACAUACAUACAUACUUGUGCGCGCACACACGCAUACACGCACGCACGCAUAUAUGUAGACUGCAUAGAUAUACGUUAUUCAACCAACAAUAUUAACAGGCAGUAAACGAUUUUAACGAAUACCGCAAGACACUCUCUCUUUCUCUUUAUCUAUUAUUACUACUAUUACUGCUACUGCUAGUAUCAUUGUUACUACUAUUACAACUACUACCACUUACUCUUAUUACUACUGCUGCUACUGCUGCCGUUGCUACCACACUACUUCUGCAAUUAUUGUUGCUGCUGGCUCUUCUGUUGCUGUUGCUGGUGCUGUUGCUGGUGCUGCUACUACUACUGCAUGCUUGUACUACUACUGCAUCGUACAAUGAAGUAAUUCUUCUUUAAAAUAUUUGGGUGAAAAUUAAGGAUUAAUUUUUAACCACUUUUAGGUUAAACGUAACUAUUUUAACCAAUGUAAAUGUAACUAUUUUCAUGUUUUUUUCUGCGUGGACGGCAAUGCGAUACAACAUAAUAAACUCUGUAUAUAAUGUAAUAUUGACGCGAUCAAUAUUGUCAUUCUUUCGUUAUAGGGAAUUUUAUUUUUAAUGUUACUUAAACUUUAUUUUUAAUGCUACUUAAACUAAAUUAGGAUAUUCGACGCUAAAACUAUAAGGAUGAAUUUGUGAAUUUGUUGAUUUCUGGAUUUGUAGGUUUGCAGGUUUGCAGGUUAUUAGCUUAGUGAAUGACAAAGAGCGUAACGAUACGCGGAAUGGUAUCGGAUUGAUACCAUUAAAGAAAAUUAUUACGGUAAUAUAUAUGCGUUUAAACUUAAAUGUACCACUAAUAUAAUACAGUUCGCAAUCAGUGAAACAAGUGUCUGCGUGGAAUACCGUCGAAACAUCGAUAUAUAAAUAUCACAAAAAGUAACGAUAUUUGACGCGUAACGCCCUGUUAUUGAAUACUAAUAUAAGUUAACAUGAUAUCGAGGGAUAAAUACUUGUAAAUUAGAAAACAGAAAGUAUAUCUAUAUCUACAUAUAUAUAUAUAUGUAUGUGUAUAUAUAUAUAUUCAGAGUAAUUCUCUUGCUAGUUAACUCGAAGGAAACGUUGCUUCACCGCAGUGAUAACGCCGUGUCGGUAUAUGUGAUCUGUCACAUUCAUCACUAAAAGUCAAUAUCGGCACUGUGUUAGUGCAGAGAUGGCUAUGUGUUGUAUAUAUGUAAAAUGAAAACGAGAGUAAAUGAUCCAUAGAGUGAUUAGCGACGCUGCUUUUGAGUCGGCUAGCGAAAAAAUCACCCUGUACAUAUACGCGUAUGCAGUGGCGUGCAAAAAUAUUCAGUCAUCAUUUAGAACAGAAUAACUUCUUUAAAAUUAGUUCAAACGAUUUGACUUUUCUUGAGAAGUUAGUAGAAUUAGCUUAUUACAUGAUGUGUAAAAAAUAUUUUGAAAAACUUACAAUGGAAUCACGAAGAAAAUAGUAAAGAUCACUUUUUACAAUUUUUUUAUUUCACUAAGCAAUGAAACUCUAAACACUAUUUCUUAUAAAUUUAUGUCACUUAUACUAUAUAUGUUAAAAAUUUCAUCGAAUUCAGUUGAUGCAGAAAUAAGUGACAGGCAUCGAAAAACGUAAGAAUCUUUAGAUUCAUUACGGUUAUAGGCCGAAAUUCGUGAAAAACUGCGAUUUUCACCAUUUUUAAUCGUUCCUAGCUUAUAGGAACGUUAACCAAUUUCGAUCAAAUUUUUUAUAACUGACAUAAAUGUGCAAAACAUACUUUUCAAAUUUCCAUUACAGACUUAGAUAAAAAAAGGGUUAUAAAGGAACAAUUUUUACUAUUUUUUUCUCAUUUCCGAUCAAUUGCAAUUUUGUCAAAAUUUUGUUUACACGUCAUUUAGUAAACUAAGCCUUCUAACUUUUCAAAAAGGUACAAGUCCAAUUUGGUCCAAUUAAAAAAAUUUUUGUUUUGUUUUACAGGGUGGCCGCACACCAUUUUUGCACGUCACUGUAUAUACAUAUAUAUACAUAUAUAUAUACGUAUGUGCGUGCGUGAACGUAUGUGCGCUCGUGGGUGUGUGUAUAUAAAUAAAAUAUAUGUAUACAGGAUGGGAGUAAAUGGUUGUUCAUAAAUCUAAGGAUAUCUAUAUCAAACGAGGUGAAUCGUAUAUACAUAAGUAAGAACUUACUUAUGUCUAUGCACUCACUGAUAGAUCCUAUACUUUUCUUCCAUGUUUUUUUUUUUAUUUUGAAAAGAAAAAAGGAGUUGCCGUGAAAUAGUAUAAAUCGAUAACGAUAGAGGUAAAGUAAUACAUUGGGUAAUUAAAAUAUAUCCCUAAAUUUUUGAACACUACUUGGAAUCAUCCUAUAUAUACAUGUACGUGUACACAUAUUAUCUAUAUGAAUGACACGCAUAUAUGGAUGCAUAAUCAAAAUACGAUAUAUUUUCUUUUAAACAUUUCAUAGGGAUACCAUCAAUGGUAUAAAUCGUUUGUGUCGGACAAGAUAACUAUUAGAUUUAUUAUGCUAAUUUCUUGUUGAAACAAAUAAUGAAACGAAAAAUUUAACGUAAGGUUUAUUUUAUUUCAUUUCAUUUCACUUUGUUUCAAUUCGUGUUUCGUUUCCACUUCAUUUUGUUUCAUUUCGCACUAAUUUCAUGAAUAACAGUAAAUAGUUCGAUGCGUUACGAAAUGUGAAUUUGAAGCACAUAUCAACCAACGACAGCCCAUAUGUCGAACAAAUUAUUCUUGUAUUUCUUUUCUUCGUCAAAAUGCCAGCAUAUUCGUUAGUCGUGUCCUCCAAUUAAUCUUUUUCAUGUUCGACACUACCGAUUUAAAUAUGAAUCCUUUGUGUAAGAAAUUUCAAAUUUCCGAUCAUCCAGUAUACUUGAUCUAACAAACUGAAUAUACUGAAGAAACGAAACAACAAUGUAGCGAGAUAUACUUCGCGCGACAUUCAUUUAAAAAAGAAUGAGAAAAGAGCACAUAAGAAAUUUAAAUUCGAUCAAUCAAUUGGUAACUAUUCCAUCAUUAGUUUCACUAUCUUGUUGCAUACACGGAUAUGUUUAUCGUGCAGCAAUUA